UCUUGGUCUUCCAUCACAAUUUCAGCACUUCCCCUGCUUUCUCUCUCUCACACACACAAAACCUUCUUCUUCUUCUUCUUCUUCUUCUUCUUCUUCCUAUUCCUCAUUGUUAACCAUAACAAUGUCUUCACCUCUCUGCUCCCUCUUCUUCCACCCACCUUCAUGUCCAACCACUCUCACCUUCGAUGUCCUUCUCGGCUUCCUCCUCCUCGCCGCCGUCUUCGGCUACUGGCUUGUUCCCGGUGGUCUUGCUUGGGCUCUGUCCAAAAACAGAGCAAUUUCCAAAAACAGAGCAUCUUCCAAAAACAGAGGAGCUUCAUCUUCUUCUUCUUCUUCCAUUCCUGGACCCUCUGGUUUCCCCCUGUUUGGCAUGGUUUUUGCUUUCACAGGGACGACUCUGACUCACAGGGUUCUCGCAAAACUCGCAGGAGCCUUAAAGGCGAAAGCCUUAAUGGCAUUCUCUGUUGGGUUCACUCGUUUUGUGAUCUCUUCUCACCCUGACACAGCGAAAGAGCUUCUCAAUAGUUCUGCUUUCGCUGAUCGACCUGUGAAGGAGUCUGCUUUUGAGCUUCUGUUUCACAGGGCAAUGGGGUUCGCACCUUAUGGUGAGUACUGGAGGAACCUGAGGAGAAUCUCUGCAACCCACAUGUUUUCUCCGAGGAAGAUUGCAUCCUUUGGGGAUUUCAGGGCCAGGAUUGGGGCACACAUGGUGAGGGAGAUUAAGGGGGUGAUGGAGAUGAAGGGUGAAGUGGAGGUGAGGGAGGUUUUGCAUUUUGGGUCACUGAACAAUGUGAUGAUGAUGGUGUUUGGGAGGUGUUAUGAGUUUGGUGAGGGUGGUGAUGGGUGUGAGGUUGAGGAGCUGGUUAAGGAAGGGUAUGAUUUGCUUGGUGUUUUCAAUUGGAGUGAUCACUUUCCUCUGUUGGGUUGGAUGGACUUGCAGGGUGUGAGGAAGAGGUGCAAGAAUUUGGUGGCUAAGGUUAAUGCUUUUGUUGGGAAAAUCAUAUUGGAGCACAGGAUGAUAAGGGCUGCUGAAGGACAAGGUUGUGAUGAGAGCUCUAGUGAUUUUGUUGAUGUGCUGCUGGAUUUGGAGGAAGAGAACAAGCUUCAACACUCAGAUAUGGUAGCAAUUUUGUGGGAAAUGAUCUUUAGGGGGACUGAUACAGUAGCAAUCCUUCUAGAGUGGAUUCUUGCUAGAAUGGUGAUGCACCCUGAAAUCCAAGCUAAGGCACAAGCUGAAAUUGACUCUGUUGUUGACUCUGACCGCACUGUUUCUGACACUGAUCUUCCAAACCUUCCUUACCUUCACGCCAUAGUGAAGGAAACCUUGAGGAUGCACCCACCAGGCCCUCUUCUUUCAUGGGCUAGGCUCGCCAUCCACGACACACAUAUUGGCAACCACUUCAUCCCCGCCGGCACCACUGCCAUGGUGAACAUGUGGUCCAUCACUCAUGACCAAGAUAUUUGGCCUGAUCCAGAAGAGUUCAAGCCAGAGCGUUUUCUGCUGCAGGGUGAAGAUAAUGUGCACAUCAUGGGUUCUGAUCUUAGGCUCGCGCCUUUUGGUUCCGGAAGAAGGGUGUGCCCUGGUAAGGCCAUGGGGUUGGCCACUGUGGAGCUUUGGCUUGCAAUGUUGCUGCAGAGGUUUAAAUGGAUGGCUGCUGAUGAUUCUGGUGUGGACUUGUCUGAGUGCUUGAAACUCUCUUUGGAGAUGAAAAACUCGCUGGUUUCCAAAGCUAUUAUGCGCAAUCAAGAAUGAACUGGCCAUGUACUUGUUUAAUUUUAUGGUAACUUUUAACUUAUGAGUAGCAGUUUUUGUGGUUUGUUUUAGGAAAAAGUGUGUGAUCGAAUCAAUGUAAGCUUGAAAUUCAGAAAUAAGAGGAGUUUGUUGAGCUUA